AUGGACGAGAAUAUCCUCAAGCCACAUGCCUCAAAAGUGUGGACCACCCUCAUAACAAAUACUGCAUACCUCUCUGGGCUUUUGACCCUUGAGUACUCUCUCAGAAAGGUCGGGUCAAAGUAUCCGCUUGUCGUGCUCUAUACGGACACAUUCCCUGCCGAAGGCCACAAAGCCCUUGAUUCCCGGAAAAUUUUGAAGCGCCAUGUACCGUAUCUCCUGCCGUCAGCUCCCAAGGAUUUCACCAACGAUGUACGAUUCUACGAUUGUUGGAGUAAACUCACACCGUUCUCACUUGUUGAAUAUGAGCGUAUCGUACAACUUGACAGUGACAUGCUAGUCCUUAAAAAUAUGGAUGAAUUAAUGGAUGUCGAAUUGGAUUCACCAGAAAUGGCUGGAAACGGAGAUCGAGUCUUUGCCGCUAGCCAUGCUUGCAGCUGCAAUCCGCUUCAUAAACCUCACUAUCCCGCAGACUGGAUUCCGGCCAAUUGCGCAUAUACUACGCAGCAUGAAAAUCCCGACAUCGCGCAAACCGCCGGUGCUUCACCCACUUCAGGGUUGGGGAUACCCAAUGGAGGCCUACAGGUGGUGAUCCCAGCUCAGGCAACCUACGAGAAGAUUCUUGCACAGCUUGGUGCUUCUACAACAUCGAAUUAUGAUUUUGCCGAUCAGUCCCUUCUCGGUGACCUGUUUUAUGGUCGCUGGGUUGCACUCCCGUACAUAUACAACGCACUCAAAACCUUGCGGUGGGAAGGUGUACAUGACGCUAUAUGGCGCGAUGAGAAUGUGAAAAAUGUACAUUACAUCCUCAGCCCGAAGCCAUGGGAUGAAACUGGACCGAGCCAAGACCCAUCGCACGCAUGGUGGAAAACAUUGAAUGCGAAACGGUUGAGCGAGGAGCAGGAGACAGGCUUGAGGGACGAAUUUUGA